AGGGGAGAGAGAGUAGAGGCUCAGAUUCCUAGAGAGUCCUGCUACAAAGGGGAGGGUAGAGGGAGAGAGAAGAGGAGAGGAUUAAUAUUCCUAGAGAGGCACGAAAUGCUGGGAAAGGUCAGUGUUGUGUAAAGGAGGCUUAGAGAGAGGAACUGCCGGAGAGGAGGAGGUUGUUGUGGCAGAGCAUCUUAGGGACAUACUUUCCCUGAGACGGACGUAGGAGGAAUAUCUUUGAUCCUUUUAUGGUUCAUUGCUUUUAAAAAAAGAAAAUAGAUGGAUGAAACAGUGUCAACUGGUCCUGGAGGAGGAAGAGGUCCUGAUGGCUUCAUUGCUGAGAGCAGUGAGGGAUUCUGGGAGAUGACAGUCCAGAGUUCCUUGGGAGAUGACCUUGCCAGCUCAGAGAUACAGCGCCAGCACUUCAGGCAAUUCUCCUACAAGGAGGGCGAGGGACCCCAAGAGGUUUGCAGCCGACUCCACUAUCUCUGCUGUCAGUGGCUGAAGCCAGAUCAACGCACAAAAAAUGAGAUCCUGGACCUGGUGAUCUUGGAGCAGUUCCUGACCAUCUUGCCCCCAGAGCUGGAGAACUGGGUCAGGGGAUGUGGGGCAGGGACUUGUUCCCAGGCGGUGGCCCUGGCAGAGGGUUUCCUCCUGACUCAGGCACAGGCAGAAAAGGAGCAGAAAGAGCAGCAGGUGAGAGCAAUUCUUCUUGGGGCCAAGGUCAAGAGUCUCUUGGUAGAAGUUAAGUCUGAAUUCCCUGUGGACGAGAAGGCUCCAUUGGAUCCCAGGCAGAAUCCCCAAUGGAGGGUGAUCAAGGAGGAGUACGAUGGAGGGGCCUCAUUACAAGUGAGUCUUCAAAACUGUAACAGCAGCAGAUGUGACUGGCUUUCCCCCAUCUUGGUCUCUCCCACAGAGGCUGGAAUGAUGCCACCAACAAGGACUCAGUUUUCUCUUCCUUUUUACAGAGGACCAGAACCAGACCAGGGAGAAACAGAGGAAGAAGUACCCCUACGAAGGAAGCAAGGUAGGGGCUUUGCUUGGGAACAUGCAGAGAUUUUGGACCUUCUUUCAAUUUGGGGGGAAACAAGGUUCCAAUCAAGGUUGUCGGAGAGCCACCGCAAUCUACAUGUGUUCAAGGAUGUGGCGUCAGAGAUGGCAAAGCGAGGCCAUUCACGGACCGCCGAGGAAUGUCGUUCAAAGACAAAAAAUUUGAGGGGAGAAUACAGACGUGUCGUUAACCACAACAAGCAUAGUGGCAGAGCACCAGUGACCUGUCCAUACUUUAAAGAGCUGGACAACAUUCUCCAUGGAGAUGCAAGUGUUAUUCCGAAUAGGCUCUCCAGAAGUUUGGAAUUUGGAAGAGAGGAGCAGGAAGCAGGAUCUAAUGGUGCUACCGAGGCCAGUGAUGCCGCACUGUCGGAGGUCGAUGAAGAGGGAUCCCAAAGGAGUAAUCUUAAUAUCAGUCAAUCUAUAGAAAAAGAUGCCCGUAACCAAAACGAGACUGAUGCCAACAACAAAACAGUCAUUGACCUUCCUGUUACAGUAAUUGAGGCUGGAGCGGAUACAGAGAUUGGGACAGGUACAGAGCGCAAAGACAAUCAACAGAUUGCAGGAAGGCCAAUAUCACCAGGCGAGGGUACUUCUGCAGGAACUAGAAAUGUUAAACAAGCUGCUGUUACACAGUCACCAAAGACCCGCCUCCUCCAUCCAAUGGGCAAAAGUAAGAGGGCAAGAAGAGGAGAUCAUAUCGCUUUAACUAUCAUGCAAAAUGCAAAUGAACAGGCCCGCAUGGUGAGAAGGGUUCAACAAUCUAUAUCGGACCAGAUUGCUAGAGGGAUGGCCAAUGAAGCCAACGUUGCAAAAGAAAUUGUAGCGAUAUUAAAGGAAGAUGCAAUAUCAAGUCAAAGAGACAGGCGUGAAUUGAUAGAUUGCAUGCACGCUUUCGUGGACAUAAUGAGAAGUCAAAGGGGGAAUCAAGAUGGCAACUCUCCUACUGUUUCAGCACCUCAAAAUCCAUCUCCACAGCAAAGGAAUUAUGCCCCCACUUUUUCCUUCAGAGGGACCAUGUUAAGGAGAAAGAGGAGGAAAAUGGCAGGAAAAAAACCAUCUUCAGGCAUUGCCCCACCAGACGAAGAGGCUACUCCACCAGCAGAUUUUACACAGGCUGAGGAUAGUGAGGAAGACCCAAGUGGUGAGGAGGACCCCAUUGUGGUGGAGGAUCUUGAGGAGGAGAGUUCACAGGGACUACCUGUAAGAGGAAGUAGACAGAGGAAAAGGAAGGAAACCUAUUCUCCCUGACUCUAAUGUUAUGUCAUGUUGUCAAGCGUAAUUGUGCACAUAAUUGUUUAAAAUGUUCAAGAAAACUUUUUGUUUAAAAAGGAAAAAUAUAUUUACACUGUUUUUAGAAAAAGAAAGUUUAAUAUAUUAAUGCAUCUAUCUAUGGUCCACAAGAAGUGAGCUGACAGCUGCACACACUGUUUUCCCCUUACCCCCAUUUUUUACAUCUGUUACUGUAUUGCCGCAGCUGUUCCUGGGAGAUGGGGAGUAUUAGCUGAGAUGGUGGUUCAGUGUCCAGAUGGAGAACUUCUCCCCUUGUUUCACAUAUGUUGUGCAGUACAACUCAUGCAGCAGCAACUGGGACAAAGUUCUCCUCUCACACCAUCCAUCUGCACAAGAGGCAUCCCCAUUGGCAUUUCAGCCUGCCAAAGGCCCUUUCCACAGCAUUUCUUGCCCAGCUCAGGACAUUAUUAAAAAUAACCUUCCUGCUAUCCAAUUGUCUGCUGUAUGGCUUUAUUAGCCAACGUCAGAGAGGGUAGACACCAUCUGCUAUUAUCAAAGGAGGUAUCUGAACCCCAUUAAUGGUGAUAAUAGGGUUUCCAGGGCAAAAGCACCUGCAUCCAUCGCUUGAAACAUACAAAAGUCACGCUCUCUCAACCUCAAAGGAUGACAAUUGAAAUCCCCCUCUGAUGAACCUUCCCCCAUGAUAGUUUCACCUUAGGGUCACCAGGGAUCGACGUUUGGAAGGGAGGGAGGGUGCUCUGGAAAUGACUUGGAGGCACACAACAACAAGAAGCAUAAUAAAUCACAGGAGGCACAGCAGAAUAACAAGAAUAAAGAGAGCCAGUGGUUUGAGUGCACGACUCUGGAGAUCAGGGCUGAAAUCCCAGCUUGGCCAUGAAGCCCACUGGGAGACCUUGGGCAAAUCACACUCUCUCAGCAUCAGAGGAAGGCAAUACCGCAAAUCAAUACUGUACAGUUAAACCAGUUAUGUUAUUUUGUAGCUUGAGGCACUUGCUAAAAACAUUGAUUCCCACAAGUCUGAACUCUGCCUACCUUCACUGUUAAAAAAACAAAGCUGGCUUGUGGCACCAAGAAAUAAAUCCAGCUUUUCAAAGACUGGAGAUCUACAAAAAGCACUCA